UGCCCGAAGUUCCAGCCCAACAUCUUCGACUCCACCCGCUGCCACGAAUGUCUCCGACAGGAGCACCUACACAACACCAGCGGCGGCGAGCACGCGCCCGGGCCACGCGCUUCUGACGAGAAAGACACCAGCGCCAAGGAGGACUCAGAUGUGCUGUCAGUGGUCAGCAGCUACUGUGAUGUCAGCAGAGGGGGGCGGGGCUUUGAGGAGAGCUCCCUCUGCAUCUUGAGUCCCGACUGUGACCUGUAUCUGUGUGACGGAGACGACGACCAAAGCUCGGACAGUCAGGGUGACGAUUCCGUGUACAGCCUCUCUGCCGGUCCAGAGGAAUACUCCAGCCUCCUUCAUCAUCCUUCAUCCUACCGUAGAAUGACCCGCUUGGAUCCGCCGCACCGGACGAGCCCCCGUUCCUGGACAGAGGUUUCUCCGAGUCGCCGGGAUGGCUUUGGCCAAAUCGGUUUUUCUCACGGCAGCGUGAAGGAAGGAAGGGAUCGGGAGAGUGGAUAUUUCUCUCUGGGAAGGGCUGCGGGGAGCAGAGCUCUCCGUGAUCAGACUCCCCCUGCUCCUUAUCGGCAUUCUGAGAGAGGGCAUCCCUUGCCUAGCAACAAAAGUCCAGAACCCAAAGCUGCCAUUCCUUUUCGUAACCCGGAUCUAGGCGUCCCCUCCGAAAGGAGAACCUCAGAGUUUCAGAAUCCCGAGCAGCUCGCAGAAGACUAUCCUGUGCAGUAUCCUCCAGACCCGCUGGAUCUCAGCGUGGAGGUCGAGGCCCUCGCCGGUCCCCGAGCGCUGAGUCCCACCCCGUUCAAACAGGCUGAAUCGAUCGGUUCCUCCGGCCGAAGAGGUGGACGAAAUCCCCACACCUCUCCCUUGCGGCAGCCGGGAACGCUCAACUCUUCCCAUGGAGGUUCCGGCCUCUCACGUUCCUCCUCUCCCUCCCGUAGUACCUCCCCAUUCAGACGGGCCGAGUCCAGCUCCUCUCUCAACACGGUCGGCUUUCGGCCUUGCGGUAUUUCACUCGGACAAAAUCGGGCAACGGUCAGUCCGGCACGGAAUAGUUAUUCUGGAGGUGCGCAGAAAAACCUCCGAUCAUUUGCGAGCACCGUAGGCACUGUCAGUACUGUCAGUAAGUCUUAUGUGGAUCUCAAAGGCUCUUUACAGAAACCCAAUACCAACAGCUCCUACGUUGGGUCUAGAGAAAACCUUGGAAGCUUGUCCCCUUCCAGACGGAGUUAUGAAGGUCCUGCUCUUAGGAAAACUGAAACAAAAAGCCCUACAUAUGAACGUGGUCAUGACAGACAGAGUUCCUCCCCCUCAGUGAACCGAUUUGAUUCAAGAAGCCAGUCCCCUUCCAGACGGAGUUAUGAAGGUCCUGCUCUUAGGAAAACUGAGACAAAAAGCCUUACAUAUGAACGUGGUCAUGACAGACAGAGUUCCUCCCCCUCAGUGAACCGAUUUGAUUCAAGAAGCCAGUCCCCUUCCAGACGGAGUUAUGAAGGUCCUGCUCUUAGGAAAACUGAGACAAAAAGCCUUACAUAUGAACGUGGUCAUGACAGACAGAGUUCCUCCCCCUCAGUUGGCCGCUAUGAUUCAAGAAGCCAGUCCCCCUCCAGACGGAGUUAUGAAAGUCCUGCUGUCAAGAAAACUGAAACGAAAAGCCCUUUGUACGAGCGUGGUCAUGACAGACAGAGUUCCUCUAUCUCAAUAGGUCGAUAUGAUUCAAGAAGCCAGUCCCCCUCCAGACGGAGUUAUGAAGGUCCUGCUCUUAAGAAAACUGAGACGAAAAACACCUCAUACGAGCGUGGUCAUGACAGACAGAGUUCCUCCCCUUCCUCAAAGGGCCGCUAUGAUUCAAGAAGCCAGUCCCCGACGGGGAGGCCGGAGACAAAUGGCACAUCAAGUCAGAUUCGAGAGGGUCGACGCAGUGCGUCUCCGGUCAGGAAUGGCUACGGAACGCCCAGCCAAUCAGACAGAAGAUCUGUGUCUAAUGGGCGGAGUCAUGACAGAAACAGCCCCUCCCCAUCCAGGAAAAGUUAUGAAACGCAAAGACAAACCACAAUGAAGAAACAAGAUCGAGACAGCCGACACUCUUCCCCAAGUAGAGGUCCACACGUAAACCUUGGCUCAUCACCACUUCGUAAGUCUGAAACGAGCCAGUCCUCAUCAAACCGUGUCCCCAAGAGCCGCAGUCCCUCCCCCUUAAGGCGGGCCAAUGACACCCCUAGCCAAUCUCUUCCCCGUAAGUCAGCGAUAUCUACACUGAGGCGUGACAUCGCAGACCACAUCCCUCUCAGGAACACUGUGAGUGACAGAACUGGCUCCACAUCUCAUGUAAGAAACUCCUCAAGUAACCAAUCACUGCAUGAUUCAACCCCUUCAUCAGGCCGCUGGAGAGGCUCCACCCACUCCCUCAACAGCCAAUCAGUCUCGCGUAACUCCUCCCCAUCACGACACAGCACUGAGAGGAAACAUAUCAGCUCCUUUCCAAAAUCUGUCCCGGUCGCCUGGGAACAAUCACAAGAAACAAGCAGGAAGAGCAGCAUGAGGAAAAGCCAAGAGGUGCAAAGCUCCACGCCUAACAACCGACGAGCGCCGAGCCGGCACAGAAGCCCCUCCCCUCCGGUCCAAACACACACCUCUUCCCAGAGCUCCAUGGACUCGGAGUCAAGCCAUCUAUCCGCCGGGUCAUCGGGUCUCAACCGGGAAGAAUAUACCAUGAUGGCUGACAUUCCCACGGUCAAAACGGUCUUCCAGAGGGAGGGUCCGAGCCAGCUGGGGGGGGUCGAGAGCCGUCAGAAACGAGAACUUUCCCGCUACAAACCGGCCAGUCACUCUCAGAGCAAAUCUCCUCACUGGGAUUGGGACGAGCUAGAGGAUGAAAGAGACAGUGGUACACUAUCAAGGGCUCACUCCUCCAGUUCCCUGCACACACAGAGAGCGAGCAGUCCGGUCGAGGAGCAGCCGUCCAGAUCAUCCGGACAGAAGCAGAAAGCACACAGACCCUCAGUGUAUUUCUCCUGCAGCGUGGAUCAGACUGAUGAAGAACCAAUGCAACAACAGCCUGACCUGCUGAACUUUAAGAAGGGAUGGAUGUCUAAACUGGAUGAGAGUGGAGAGUGGAGGAAACACUGGUUUGUGCUGACGGACGCUGGACUGAAGUAUUACAGAGACUCUGCGGCGGAGGAGAGAGACGAGGUGGAUGGAGAGAUCGACCUGAAGUCCUGCGUGAAGGUGUCGGAGUUCGACGUGGAGAAGAACUACGGCUUCCAGAUCCAGACCAGAGACGCCGCCUUCACACUCUCAGCUAUGACUGCUGGGAUACGGAGGAACUGGAUCGAGGUUCUGAGGAAGAACGUUCAACCCAGCAGCUCUCCAGACCUCACACAGCUGCCGAUCCUCAGCAGUGAUAAAGAGAACGCCCGUCACCGACUGCGCAGCCAAUCAGAGGCCUCCUCCACCACCGCAAACCCCGCCCACAGCAAGUUUGACUAUGUGGAGCUAUCACCUGUAGCCACGCCUCCAACUCCUGCCUCCGCCAAUCAGAGAGAGUCUGGGGAGGGGCAGGUGAAGGAGCACAGCCAAUGGCAGGAGGAGCGUCGGCGUGACGACAGCCACAACCAGUGGGAGGCGGUGCUGUCGAGGAAGGGGGCGGGCCUGUCGGAACAGAGGCGAAUAGAGGAGGAGAUCGAGAAGAAGUGGGCGGAGUUUGAGCGGCUGCCACUCAAGGAGAUGAGGUCACUCCCACCGAUGGGCUCGUCAGCCAAUCAGGCUCUGGAGAGGGAGGUGGCGUCUCUGAGGCUGCAGCUGGCGGGGCUGGGGGCGGGGCUUGGGGUGGGGCGGGUGGGGCCAGCGUGCUGUGGGGAAAGUCUGCAGCAGAUGGAGCGUGUGCACAGAGAGGCUCUGGAGCAGAUGGAGCGACAGCACACACUGCAGAUCAGCGCUCUGGAGAAAGAGAGAGACUCACUGCUGAAGGAGGAGACGGACGCCACUGCGAAAGUGAUGGAGGCGUUACAGAAAGCACACAGAGAAGAGAUGGAGAAAACCACACAACUCUCAGAGACACGUGGGGUGGACACACACACGCUUAACAAACAACAACAGGCAGAAGUGGCGUCUCUGCGGCGUGAGCUGCAGGCUCUGUCGGAGCGGUUCUCUCAGAAGUGUCUGGAUCUGAAGCGAGCGCAGCAGCAGCACGAACACACACACACACAGAUGAGUCUGAGAGACCGACAGUUGGAGCAGCUGAAGAGAGACAACCAGGACUUGCAGGCCCGCCUGUCACAGGAAGUGAAGGCCGUUCGCUCGCUCGUCACAGGUCAAGGGUCAGACGCAGAUGGCAGCGAGAGGUCGUGGUGUGAGAUGCAGGUGCUGCUGCGGGUGCGAGAGAACGAACUGCAGUAUCUACACCAAGAGCUCAACAGCCUCCGCAACCAGAUACACUUCCUCACAACGGAGAAGAGCAGCGUGUGCGAGCGCUACCGGGAGGUGUGUGAGGAGCUGAGUGUGAUGAAGAGCCGCAGCGAGCGAGAGGCCGAGGCUCUCCGAGAACACCUGAGACUGGCGCUGAGCGCUCUGCACGAGAACGACAACAGCCUGCAGCACUGACCGCCGUCACAUGACCCUCCGCUCAGGCCAGCAGCCAAUCAGCUGCGGGACACUGGAACAACGCUUCUGCACUUUCUCAUGUGUGUUUACGGGACCAAACUGGAACGUCUCCCUGUCGCUGGUGUGGAAGAACUGAACACACACAUGAACAAUCAACAAACUCAUAUCAUAUUUGCCAAUCGAAUAUCAUGCGUGUGUGAUCUAUGGAAGCUCGUUUCCACCACAGAAUUAAAAAAUAUCUCGCAACUCUGAGAAGAAAGUCCGAAAUUAAAGUUUACAUCUCACAAACUCUGGCUUUUUCUCUGGCAGUUUGGAUUGUAGUUUAUACACUCGCAUUAGCAAGACGAAAGUGCGAACGUGAGAUGCGCUAGUGUUGUUCUGUGGCGGACGCAAGCUUCCAUAGUGUUCAACUGUCUUCGUGCCACAAAAACAAAAGAGCUUUGCUUCAAUGAGCCAAUGUUUUUUUUUUAAAGAUGUUUGUGUUUCUUGUUGUCAUAUUUAAGUUUAGAGUUUAACGCAUAUGUUAACAUAUCAAACUAUAGCUAAUAAAUAUGGGUUAUUUGGUUUCUGGA